UUUCUAACCCCCCAAAAAGAAUUCCAUUCAAACUCAAUAGUUUAGGCUUUAGGGGGAAAAGAAAGAGCACGCAGAAUGACGUGAAAUUGCAGAAGGAAUAUCUGGGAAGAUCCCAUUCCCAGCUGGCCGGCACCAUUCGCAUAAAAAAUUCAGUCCAUUGUACGUUUUUGAUACUAGAAUGAAUCCCGCACCAUCACAAAUCUUACACCCACAAAAAUGAUUUUGUUUUAAAUUUACGAAGAGGAGAUUCGUUAACAUCUCAAAUUCUCACAAGACAAAUACACAGAAAGAAGAGAGGGAGAGGAAGCAUGGGGUUUGAAGGGAAACAGAGAAAAGAAGAAGAAGAAGAAGAAGAGGGAGUAAUGGCUACAGAUUUUUUCUGGUCAUAUACAGAUGAGCCUCAUGCCUCUCGUAGAAGGCAGAUACUCUCUCAGUAUCCUCAAAUCAAACAACUCUUUGGCCCUGACCCCUUUGCUUUCCUCAAGAUUGCUAUGGUUGUUGUUCUUCAGCUAUGGACAGCAACCUAUCUCCAUAAUGCAGGUUGGCUGAAGAUAUUGAUAGUAGCUUAUUUUUUUGGAUCUUUCCUCAACCACAAUCUCUUCUUAGCCAUUCAUGAGCUAAGCCACAAUCUAGCCUUCUCAAAGCCAGUUUACAACCGUUGGCUCGGGAUUUUUGCUAAUCUUCCCAUCGGUGUACCCAUGUCUGUAACUUUCCAAAAGUAUCAUCUUGAGCACCAUCGUUUUCAAGGGGUGGACCGAGUUGAUAUGGAUAUCCCAACUCUCACUGAAGCCCAUCUGGUGAGGAAUAUCGUUUCUAAAUCGAUAUGGGUUAUUCUCCAACUCUUCUUUUAUGCUUUCCGACCAAUUUUUAUCAAACCAAAACCACCGGGCAUAUGGGAGUUUGUUAAUCUAAGUAUCCAGCUCGCCCUUGAUGCUGGUAUAGUACAUUUUUGGGGAUGGAAGUCAUUUGGCUAUUUGAUACUGUCCACCUUUGUUGGAGGAGGGAUGCACCCCAUGGCCGGUCACUUCAUCUCUGAACAUUACGUAUUCAAACCUGAUCAAGAAACAUAUUCUUAUUACGGUCCCUUGAAUCUUAUGACAUGGAGCGUAGGAUACCACAACGAGCACCAUGAUUUCCCUAGGAUCCCCGGCACCAAGCUUCAGAAGGUGAGGGAGAUUGCACCGGAGUUCUAUGAUAAUUUAGAUUCAUAUAAAUCUUGGAGUCAGGUCAUCUACAUGUACAUAAUGGACCGGACGGUUGGACCGUUCAGCCGGAUGAAAAGAAAUAUAUCUACCAAGAAAUCCGAAUAAUUUCGUCUUCUUUCCGGGCUGAAUAUGCGAGAUGCUCUUUAGUUUUCUUGAUUUUUCUUGAUUGUUUUGUUUUGAAACAUUAUUUACACGCUGUAGGUUAGGUUUUGUAAACGAGCCUUCGGUUUUUUGACCAUCUAAUAUAUUGUUAGCAUU